AUGGCGCAUACACUGACAGGCCGUAAGAUUCCGAUUGUUGGCGCCAGUGGUCAACUUGGCAAGCCGACUCUCAAAGCACUACUAUCCAAAGGGGUUCAUACCAUAACUGCCAUCCAACGCAACGAAUCUACAAGCCAAUUUCCAUCAGAAGUCAGCGUCAAAAGAGGGUCUUUCGAGGAUGAGUCUUUCCUUGUAAAUGCUCUCAAAGGGCAAGACGUUCUGGUAGUGAUUGUUCCGAUUCCUAACAUGGAUCUUGGGGACCGAUUUAUCCGGGCAGCCGCCAAGGCUGGAGUGCCAUACAUCUUUCCAACAGAGUUUGGCGUCGAUGCACCAAAAGUUGAGAAUGAGCAUUCUAUGAUGGCGCCGAAAGUAGCGAGACGCAGAAUGAUCGAAGAUCUUGGAGUGAGCAGCUGGAUUGCUGUUAUUACAAACUUUUGGCUGGAUUUUAACAUUCAACUCGGCCUCUGGGGCAUUGAUGUUGAAGCCCGGAAAGCAGAAAUGUUCAAGAACGCGGACGCUAAGAUUUCGACGACAACCCUUUCACGAUCUGGAGAAGGAGUUGCUGUACUUCUCAGCCUGCCAGAAGCUGAGUUGGCCCAGUUCAGAAACAAAUCCUAUUACUAUUCAUCUUUCGAGCUCUCGCAGCGAGAUAUUUUUGAGGCGAUCAAGUGAGCCACGGGGACAAGAGACGCAGACUGGGAUAUUAGUGAAAAAGAUGCUCCAGAGAUAAUUGCGCCCACAGAGUCGAAAAUCCGAGGAGGCGAUGGCUAUGCGGAGUGGUAUAGGCUAUUUGCGAUGUACUUUCAAGGCAUUCAAGGUUCAAAUUAUUAGGACAAAGCUAUUGAUCUGGAG